CGAUGACUGAUUGAGCGUACGUAGCUCUCCCAACCCCUCAAUUUGGCGCACACUGACUAGCAUCUGCAUCCUUGUGAGCAACGACAUCGUAUAUUCGGGCUGAGACGAGCCUACAAGGAAAAGGUCCGUGGCAUCCCCGACAACACGGAGCUGUCGUUCGACCUCGUCGACGUCGGCUGGAGCAAGAGCGAUGCGUGUAAUGAUGUAACGCUCGCGUUUCUCCCGCACGACGUUGGUCACUCUAUCGAUCAUAUCCGCGACCUUCUUAGCGCACUCCCUCAUCUCGGCCUGACUAUCUGGUGGCAGAGACUGGUACUUCUUAAGUAUCGUCGUCAUGAAAGACACCUUCUCUGCGAUGCUCUUGAGUUUUUCCUGCACGUCAACGACCUCGAGGAUUCCCAGCAGACCUCCCACGGCUAGCUUGAGAGGGGGAAAGACUUCGGCGACCCCCUCCGUGACCUCCAGCACACGCUUGAAGACGGCUAGGCCUGUCAUCCCCGCUGCAGUGGAUUUGACGCUGGGGCUUGGAUCGGCAGGCUUGCUGGUUGAGCUGAGAGCGUCAAAUUCGGAGGUGCCCGCUUCCCAGUGGACAUCCGAAUGCUCGAGCAGCGAGUCUGCUUGCGGGCGGACUGCCCGGGAGGUGGAUGCUCUCCGAGUUGAAGAUGAAGGUGGGCUUCGCAACCUCGGGUCGCCUGAAUUGGCAGGCUGGUCGUCGCCUGAACUGAGAGCGUCAGAUCCGGGGGUGCCCGCUGGGAGGAGGGUAUCCGAAUGUUCGAGCAGCGAGUGUGCUUGCGGGCCCACUUCCUGCGAGGUGAAUUUUCCUCGAAUUGAAGAUAGGCUUCGCGACCUCGGUAUUUGCAGGGAGGGCGAGGGAUACCCCUCCGCUGUCGAAGCCGGUCUCGCAGGUCUCGGAGCUUGCGCGGGCGUAGAGGGCUGAGGUCGACGUAAAACAUCGAGAAAGCGUUUCUUUCCGCCUUUACGCUUCUCAGUCAUGGCGGUUGAGGUGGGAAAGCGAAACUGCACGGGAGAGGCAAAGGCAACGAUGAGAGUCAGGGCGAGACCUGCGCGGGGACUUCGAGGAUGAUA